GAAACUAAGCUAGGUCUGUGCAAACCAGGAACCAUCCCUCUGUUUGGGAACGUGCUAUACAGUGGACUGUUCAACGACCACUUUUGGCAUUUUGGGCUCCCCCUUGUCACCAGACUGGGUAAUCAAGAAGCCCCAGCUCCCCCCGAAGCAAUGGCUCAACCUUUCCCAGCGGCCCAGUACCCUCCACCACCACAGAACGGGAUGCCCGCUGAGUAUGCCACAGCCCACACUCACCCGCCAACUGACUUUACAGGACCAAAUACGGUUGGCGAGCACGCCCUGACGCUGUACACGCCGACACAUACACAGAGUGAACAGCCCGUGAAUGAAAGCAACGUUUCGGCAUUAACGGCAAACACAGUAACGCAGGUAGAUGACAUUCCACAGACGGAGGCUUCGCAGCAUCUUCACCUGCAGCCAAGCGACUCGUCGGAGAAACAGCAGCCCAAAAGAUUACACGUCUCCAACAUACCUUUCCGUUUUCGGGACCCUGAUCUUCGGCAAAUGUUUGGGCAAUUCGGCAAGAUUUUAGAUGUGGAGAUUAUCUUUAACGAGCGAGGCUCCAAGGGCUUUGGGUUUGUAACAUUUGAAACAACUGCAGAUGCUGAUCGUGCACGGGAGAAACUAAAUGGUACAAUCGUAGAGGGACGCAAAAUAGAGGUCAAUAAUGCCACCGCGAGAGUAAUGACCAACAAAAAAGUGGCAAAUCCGUACGCAAACGGCUGGAAGCUGAAUCCAGUGGUUGGAGCGGUGUACGGUCCUGAAUUUUAUGCAGUCACAGGGUUUCCGUACCCCACCACAGGAGCUGCGGUAGCUUACAGAGGGGCCCAUUUGAGAGGGAGGGGCCGGGCUGUCUACAACACGUUCCGCGCCGCGCCACCUCCACCUCCCAUACCGGCCUACGGAGCUGUCGUCUACCAGGAUGGAUUUUAUGGAGCGGAAAUAUAUGGCGGAUAUGCAGCUUACAGAUAUGCCCAACCAGCUGCUACUGCUGCAGCUGCAUAUAGUGACAGUUACGGCAGAGUCUAUGCAACAGCAGACCCAUAUCACCAUACGAUCGGUCCUGCAGCCACAUAUACCGUGGGCACUAUGGCUAGCCUUUACAGAGGAGGGUGCAGUCGCUUCACUCCCUACUAG